GAUGGUUUGUUGGAUCCUCGCGAGAAGACAGAUGCUGAGGUUGUUAACGUCGGAGACAGACUCACAUUCACACGGACUGGGGUGUGAGAGAGCCCGAUGAGAUGGAGACCUUCAUCCUUCUUCACCUGAAUCUGAUCGAUCUUGGGAGUCAAGCCAAGAUGUGACCGUCACAGCGCAUCAUAGUUUGGAUCUCUCCAUCUUCUACAGUACUUGUUUCUAUAGCAACAGAAAUAUUAGAGUAUCUGAAAAAGUCCCAUUCCCACAAUGCAGUCCUCUAGCUGCUCCUCUCAGCCUCCAAAGCCACGGCGCUUUGACGUCAGCAGACGGACGAAUACCUUAGCUGGACCAAAGUCACAUGGCCCUGGUUUUCAGAGGGAGGAUAAAAACAUGAACACGAUCACCACGUCCUCCCCACGCCGAGCUGUUAAAGGCCCCACUGCACCUACCAGAACCAGGAUGGGAGUGCAGCCUCGAGCACCAGUAAGCCAGUCCAGGUUUGGCUCACAAAAACAGAGUUCCACCAUUCCCAAAUCAGCUAAGCCCAAACCCAAGAGUGCCCGUGCAUCGGCUGCAACCCAAAUAGCACCAGCAGCUGCUCCUCCUCCGCUUCCCUCUGCUCUCCCUCUUGACCCGAAUUGCAACGAGCCAAGCCUCCCGUGUCUGUGCUGCGACGGCCGCUCCCCACAGGACAACAACAGUAUGUUUAACCAUAACCACAACAACAACAACACCAUCUCUCUCAGACAGCAACUGCAGCUACCGCCUCCUCCGGCCCCUUUGCCCCAGAGGCAGGAUGGGAUAGGGGCCAAGGAGCAGCCUGAGCCUCCCUCGCAAGCACAGGCCCAGCUGGAGCCCUCUGCCUGCCCUGCUGCAAGUCUGGAAAAUGAAGGCAAGAAUGCAGAUGAAAGUGCCGAUCUGGACAACAAGAAAAAUGUAAAGGUAGAGGAAGAAGAUGACGAGGAAGAGAGCAGUGGGGAUAUUGAUAUUGAUGAUGAUGAAGAGGAGGCUGACAAUGAUGAUGACGAUGAUGAAGAUGAUGACACCCUGGUCCCCUCGUGCUGUGACUGUCCCCCUUCCCUCCUGGAGCUCUCGCUCUCCUCCUCUACCUCCUCAUCCUCCACUUCCAUCAGCUCCUGCUCUGAUCUGGAGUCUGACUGUGCAGAUCAAUCCGCCUCCAUCUGCUCUUCCCAUGACCAAGAUAAUCUAUCUGUAGCUCUGUCCCCCAAAGACCAUUCUCUUCCGCAAGCCCCUGAAUGCCAGCCUCCUGCGUGUUCGCCCCCAUCCCUUCCUCUAAGCCGCAAUCCUUUCUCCUUAACAUCACAUUCCCCAAUUCCCCCUUGCUCCCCAGAUGAGGGCUACCCCUCUGCUCUGGACUCCCCUUCUCCUGACUACUUAGGAGUCAAAGAUGAUUCUGAGGUCACCAAACUAGGCUUGCUUGACUUUCUAGAAUCAGUGGGGGAGUUUGGGAAAAUGGAGCGCUUCAGCCAGGUGAUCCAAGUGGCUCGUUGGGAUCUGGAGGGAGAACAACACUGGGAUGUUCUGAGGGAUCGGCUAGAUCACCUGGAUCGCUUAGAGAAGGUAAACAGGGAAGUAAAACUGGCCUAUAUCGCCAGACUCCACGAGAAGGGAUUUGAUCUCGGAGAUCUGGAAGAGCAGGAUCUCUCAGAUGUCAUGGAUGAAAUGGGCAACAUCGACAUUCCCUUGAAGUUGUAUAAAAGCCGAGGAGGAACAAUGGGAGACUCUCAGGAGUUUUCAGAUGCAGGUGUUGACCUCACUGCUCCAUCAGAUUGCGAUGAACCUCUGGUUCCUGAUUCCCUCGCCCCCUCUCCUGUUGAGCCGCCACCUAGACCCCCCAAACCUCCGGCACGUCAUGCCAGUGUGAGCUCUGACCUCCACACCUACAUUAAUAUCAGCAGGGAGACCACCUCCAUGGCUGUCUCCACCUCUCCUACAUGGUCUACUUUCUCCCCUAACUCCUCAUCCCCCACAUUCACCACUUUUAGGUGUGAGAAACCCCUACCUCCAUCUCCACCAUCCAUUCCUCCUCUCCCCACCUCUAAACCGGUCCCUUACCUCUCCCUUUAUACUACUCCUUCUCCACCGCCAUCUAACCCCACCCCAACUCCUCCCAUUCCCCCCCCCCGGAGGCGUCACCUCGCCAGGAAGGAAGCACAGCGGCUUGCUGCUCUUCAAGCCGAACAAGAAAAGACCCCACUUUCCCUUCCUCCGCCUACCACACGUCCCCCACCUCUGCCUCCUCCGCCAGUUAUCUCAGUCUCCUCCUCAUCUCCACCUGCCAUACCACCCCCACCUGCCCUGCCUCCUCCACCCUCCUUCCAUGCUCUGGAUGUAGAGAUUCGAAAGCUACUGAUGCUUGCUGGAUUGACCCAAGCUGAGCUCCUCAAACUCAGCCCAGAGCUUGGUGUUUGUGUUGGAGGGUUAGAGGAUGAGGGUGAUAAUGUUAUCUCGUCCAGGUCUGUGGAGCCACCUGAGUUCAGACUAAAAGAGAGGGAGGAGGAGAAGGAAUGUGACACCGGGUUAAUGGCCAGAGAUGGAUGGAGCAGCAGAGGCAAGUUGGAUGCAGAUCGAAGAGUAGAUAUAGCUGAAGGCAAAGACACACAAAGAACCACCUCGUUCACUGAGAUGGCAAGGAGAAGGAAGAGGAACGGUGGGGUAACCUCUGAGCCUUACUACAGCACUGGUCUUAGCAGUACCCAUGAAACUAAAGCAAAACAUAUGAGCUUUGAGUCUUUCCGGUAUUCUGCUGAGUUACCAGAUUCACCUCCCCCUCCUCCUCCUCCUCGUCCCUUACCCCCAAUCCCCCCAUCUUUACCAUCCAUCAAAGUCAGCACUCUCCCUGCCAACUCUGCACAACCUGAGCGAUUUGAUUGGCUCAUAGCAUUUACACCUGAUUGUGAAGCCCCACCACAGCCUCCACCCCUGGAAAUGAGAAAAUCUCAUAUGGAAACUCAAAAGAAGCUCAGUUCGUCAAUGUCAUCUCCAGGGAUAGCUCCAAAGGUCACAACAUUUAAAGAGAUGCGUUUCCGAAACAAGAGCGCCUCCCCCCAAACAAAGGUGAUCAUUGACCCAGAGCCUGAUCCAACAAUUAUUACUCCAGAUCCAGAUAUACUGUACAACCUGAGGUGGAGAAGAGAGAAGGAGGGCAGCGAUGGCAACCAAUGGGAGUACACCUCUCAGGCUCAGGCCUUCUUCAUGCAGCCACCACCAGCCCUCACUUCAAUGGCUGCUCUGAAGGAAAUGCUCCAGAGAGCAGACAAGGAGGGUGGACAACCAGAGCUGUGCCCAUCACAGAAGAUUGGCUGCUCAGUCAGUGACAGCAGCCUAUGGACAAUGGGCAGAGAGUGGGAGUGUGAAGAAGUUAAGAAGGAGGAAAAGGAAGGGAAAGAAGAAGAAGAGGUGGAGGUGAGAGGUCGAGCUGAUGGAGAAAGGACUUUUGAAUCAAGAACUACAGUUUCCUCCCCCCCACUGUCCCUCGCCCAGUCCUCCCAACCCUAUUUCCUCCACACUGCCUUCCCUUCCUAUCGCCCAGGCGACUGUAACUCCCAGCCCUUUGCAGAUCCCAGGCCCCUCAGCCAUGUAGGCAGGGAAUCCACAGACAAACACUGCAACACACAGUGGGCCCCUACUGCCAGCUCAGCUUCUAUCCAAAGAGAUGAUUCCAGCACUGAUUUAAGAUCUGGGUUUAACUAUGAAUCCCUGGCUGAACUUGAUGUAGACUCUCCUUGUGAUUAUGGGAAUAUCUUUAACACACACAGGGCCUUUGCAUCUGACUCCAUCUGCAAUUUAGACUCUCUCUACUGCAGUGCCUCAGAGAAGCAGACCAACACACACACUAAGUCAGACACACCUGUUAGUGGCACCACAGAGGCUCCAGGCUGCACCACCCCAUACAAGAACAUUGAUGUGAUGAUGACGUAUUCAAACAGUAUCAGUGCUAUGGAUUCGCUGUAUUCUGAAAAGCGUACACAUUCACACACAGACCACAACAGCAACAAGGCCAGGACAUCUAAAGACCUUCCUCCUCUCCCCACAUAUUACCUAUACCACCCUAAAAACUGCCCUCUGCACAGGGGUGCCCCUCCUCGCCUCUCCCCUAUCGGAGCCCUCUCCCCUCCCCAGCGCUCCGGAGCGCCCCCUCCAGGCACAGCAGGCUCCUGCCUCAGCUCCCCGCUUUUUCCCCGCUCUCACACCUUGCCUGCCCUCGCUGCUCCCCUCUACUAUCCAAACCUCUACCCUCCCACACCGCCCAGGCCGCCCCCCCUCCCCCCAAAACUCUACCAGGCGCCUCCGCAGUCACACGUGGCGACUGUUCGCAGUGUUUCAUUCGCUGGCUCUGUACAGAGGACAGAGACAUCCUGGAUGGGCGAAGAUGUAAAGCAUCCAAUGAGAGGUCUGGGCCUGUCCUCUCUGUGCCUGCAGGAAAAAAAAGCUCUAGUCAGUGCGGUCAGUGUGGCAGUGGAAGCCAUCUUGGCCCAGUUCAGCUCUUCUCGGACUGUAGUUCAGAAGUCUCUCUCAGUUAACAAGGCCUUAUCAGGAGACAGCACUAUAAAUCCAUCUCUGGGCCGCCUGGUGCUGCAGUGCCUCUGCCCUGCCCUGCACAGCUUGCUGACCGAUGGCUUGAAACCCCAUCAGAGUGACCUGAUUGCAGGCAGGAGGCCAAAUUCCUCCUGGGGUCUGGUCCAGGCCUCAACCAGGCCAGGUCCAAAAACACAGGCCUUGUUCAAUCUACAAGUUCGAGUUGGAGAGCUGUCACAGCUCAGACAGAACAAACACAGGUUCAACGCAUUCCUCCUUGGCCUACUGAAUACCAAGCUUCUUGACAUCUGGCUGUCUCACCUUCAGUCCUGCAGUGAUGUGCUGGAGACAUAUUACCGUCCCACUUCCUUUAUGCGUCUGUCGCUGACCACCUGCCAGCCUCUGUUUGAGGAGCUGCUCCUUGUGUUGCAGCCUCUCAGCCUGCUGACCUUCAACCUCGACCUGCUCUUCCAGCACCACCAUUUAGAGCCAGAAAGUCACAGUCCAGAGAUCCCAAGUCCACCUUGUCAGGAUGCAGGAUGCCAGCUUUCAACAGAGGGGUCCCAAUCCAAAAUCACAGGCUGCAGAUAUAUUGAAAGCCUGUCAGAAGUAGACUUUGGAAGCCCAGAACAUCAGGCAGCCAAAGAGAAAUCGUCACCAUCGACUAAUCCAAAGAACGGAGAAUCAGGGGAGUCAACUCAUAGCAGUGCUGCACCCAUAAAGGCUUCGGUCACUCUCGGGCAGACAAGUCCUCAACUGUUGUGGGUGCAGGAGAAGGAAAUUGGAGACUUACCUCCUCCUGAUGUUGAGGAGGACAGCCUUGCUCAGCAGGCAGGACAGGUCAUUCAGCAGGGAUGGGGGGCUGUGAUGCGCUGGGGAGGCAGACUGAGCCAGAACCUGGCUGAGCUGAACCUGAAAAAGGAGGAGAUGAAAACGGAUCUGCCGGAUCUCCAGGCCCAGGCAGGGAGUGACUUUGUUCCGGUCAGCAGUAGUGCUCAGGUUCCCUGGGGUCUGGGGCGGCUCUUUGGAGCCUCUAAAAGCCCCAAUAGACCACCAGGUCACACACCCCCAACCAGGCGUCCCUCUCAGUGGCUGGCUCCUGGUGUCACUGCACUGACCCGAAUGGUGAGCAGCAGCUCCACCCCGAUAAUAAGGAGGGAGGGAGAAAGUGAGCCAGAGUCAGAGAAAGAGGUUGAUGCACUGGAGAUGAAAGACAAGCCCAGACCACUCAGGUCAGUACGAACGCUGUGUGACCACACUGGAGCAGGUUCGGAGCUUAGCUUCUGCAAAGGCGAGGAACUCGUGGUGUUAGGAGGAGUCGAUCAAGACUGGAUUCGCUGUCGUCAGGGAGACAAAGAGGGCCUUGUACCUAUUGGCUACACCUCCCUCAUCAUGUGACUUCGGCACCAUAACUGCUGCACCCAAUCAAUAAAAAAAGCAAAAUAAAAUAUAUAUAUUUCAGGCGAGUAUUGAGAGGUUAUGGAGAGGCUCCACUACUCUAAAAGGGAUAUUUCACGCUUGCUCGGUUAGAGUUUGAGUUGAGUGCAUAACACCAUCUGUUCUGCUUUAAGUGCAUCAGGCGCAGUCUGCUUUAUGAACAUAUGGGAGUUUUUUUCCCCAUCACAAUCCAUCCAGUUUGGUAGCAUUAAACUAAUGGAUUUUAACAAUUUUAACAGCAGGAAUGCAGCAGAUGGUGUGAAAUAAUGACUCAAGUCAAAUUUAGAUAAUUUCAUACUGAAAAUCCUUUGAUCUUGGAGUGAAGUAUCCCUUUAAAUGUCCUUUUCUCAAUUUCUGCCUUCCUUGUCAGCCACUGAUCUGAAAAUGAUCACAGAGGAAAUUCUGUGCAAUCAACCACUAGCAGAUUGAAGUGCGUUCAGAAUAGAGGCUGCCUAUUAUAAGGAGGCGACAGUCAACAGCCUGGUAGUAGCCACGUUAAUAUCUCUAGACGUCAGCUGUAGAGAGUCGCGGCUUGCAGGUUGUCGAGUGGAGAAAGGAUGUUUGAGUACUGGGCCGUAGCUCCUGUUGCAUACUGCGUAGUAAUGUAGUGAAUUGUAGCUGUGUAGAUCUGUGUUCUAUUGACCUUUCACUCCUAUUGACCUCUCACCUUUAUCGCCUGAUUCAUGUGUGUUUGACAUGUUUCUGCUACUAUAUUUGACUGUAUAAAUAUACAUAAAAAAAAAUAUAUAUAUAGGUAUAUACAUUGAGAUUGAUAUUACUAAGAUAGAUAGAAAGAUAGAUGAACAAGAGAAAGCAGAUAGUAAAUCACAAGCAGCAGCUUAAUACUGUGGCCACAGUGAGGAAGUGGAUGAUUAAAAUUCAAUGAAUUAAUUCUUUAUCUUUACAUCUGCAACUUUACACACACAUUAAGUGGUUGUCAUACAUGCAAAAAAAAGGUAUUUGUGUUUGUUUUAAGUAUGAAAUCCAGUAUCUUCCCUCCUGUGUGCUUUAUGUAUUGCCAUUCUGACAUCAUAUUCAUAAAAUGAUUAGAUUUAGCCUCAUACCUUAAACACUGUAUGCAUUGUAAUGUGCCAUGAAUGCUUUGAAUGAAUGCCAGAAAAUAUCUAUCUAUCCCACACAGUUAUAGAAGAUAAUAUCAGACAACAGCAACCUGUAGCUUAUCUCUUUACUUGUCCAGAACCUCAAGGGGCCAACAUGCGUUGGAAUAAACACCUUGCAAAACUAUGCUCAGCUUUUGUUCAACACUAUCUGACGUUAAAUUUAAUGCAGUGAGAAAAUCCCAGAUGUAUGUAAUUCAUAAAAGCUACUGUAAAGUCUGUAGGUUUGGUGGCUGGUCUUCACCUUGUACCUCAGCUUUUGUAUUUAUCUUAACCCUUCCUGCCAUGUUUGCUUAUCAUAAUCAUUGAUAUUAAUGAUAGUGGUAGUGGUGGAAGUGAUAUAUUGAUUCUUAAUGUUGCUCAUAUGAAACACAUUGCUUUGUGUCAUAUUUAUUAGUUAUUCUCUAGAUUCUGUAUUGAUGACUAUGCAUAUGGUUAAAUGUACAGCUGAAAGCCUUUUUGUUUGUUUUAAAGUCAUUGUUUUGAUUUGAUGUUCUCAUGCAAGAUGACACCUAAAGCGUAAAACAAUAGCUUCAAUAGUUAACGUUCAUAUAAAAGAGCCUGAUUUUAACCGGUCAGGACAGGCUGACACUAAAGGACCUCUAUUUAAUUCAGCAGGAAAGUUUCAUUGCUAUUGAUUGAUCAGGGAAAGCUCAGUUCUUCAAAGUUUCCUUAUGUUAUUGUGUCAAUGCCAUGUAGCAUGACAUUACUGUCACUAUGGCAACUGUGCAUUAGCAUUAAGUAAAACCAGUGUUCAUAAUGCCAUCAAAUGGAUAAUAAGAAGAAAUAAAAAAUGUCUAGAUAAAGAUAAAAUAUCAGUUGGCACAUUAAAUUGUGUUAGUAAUUAUUUGUUUAGUUUGUUUUUGUAAUUUUUUUUUCAAAUGUGAGGUUAUAGUCCAAAUGCAUUUGUUUGAAAGCUGUUAAUUUAUUGGAUGUACUAUUUAUUGAUCUUGAGGUUUCUGAAAGGAAUUGCUCUAUCUGACCCAUCUAGUGUCUCUUUAUCUAUCUGGGUUCAUUAUGUAUGUGUGUAUGUGUGUGUGAGCGUGCACAUGGCAGCGUAUGUGGCAGUAAAGGCAGAGAUGAGUGUGAGCACAUCUGUGUGUCUGCACGUCCUGCACUUUCACUUAUGUAUGUGUGUGUGUGUGUGUGUGUGUCUGUAACAAUGAGUUCUGUACCUGCUCCUCCUCCUCUCUUUCUCUCUCUGGUGUCAUGUAGCCUGUAGACUUCCCCCCGUGUCCUACUAUUGCAUAUAGUUCAGUGCCCCUCUAGAGUCAGUCACUAUCCACCUCCUGCAUGUGCUUGUUUGUAAAUACACCAAAUAAAAUGAUCAGUAUAAACCAAA